GUUAAUUGGUUAAAGCAAUUAAUCCUUUGUUUGUUGAUCAUCAUUAAGAUGUGUAGGAAAUGAUUAUAUCUUCUUUGAUAUCUGGAUGGAUAACGUGUUCCAUGACACAGUUUCAAAUCAGAAUUUGUGACCAGAUUUUAUAGCUUAUACAAAUAAAUUUGCACGAAGAAAGUUGACUUUAUCUCAUGUAAGAAUAUGUCAUACAAAUCGAAAAGCAUUUGAUACGAAACUUUUGCUAAAAUGAAGAAGACAACGUUCAUUGUGUUCUUUCUGGUUUUGUUGGAAAGACUGCAAGGAAUACCUCAAAGAAGCAAUAUCUUCAUCUACCUUGAUGUCAAUUCUCAGCACCAUUUGUUUUCAUACAAAAUGUUACGUCAGGUGCUGGAAGGUAUAUCCCUUAAACACCACCGAGUUAGCCUGCACACUACAACUGGUGUAUCAGUGCCGAUUGUUAAAUUCCAAUCGCGAAAAUGUUUAUUAAACAAAAUAAGAUCUCACCACAGAAUACAUCAUUCGCUUAGUCACGUGCUAAAAUAUGCUCAAAAUGAAGUAAUUGAUAAAUUUCGUCACGAUCAAAACUAUGUUUUAAUAAUAACUGACAGACCACUGCAAAAGUAUUCACUCUCAGUGUUAAAGAAAUAUCAAAGUGAGACGAAGAAUAAAGGAAUCUACUACGUUCCCAUUGGACGUGAAACGACAAAAGAAUUAUUCUUAAGCCACGUGACCCAUUCAGGACGUAUUGCCAAAACUACUCAGAAUCUACCUUUUCUUAAUCAACGUUCAUAUUGUCGCCACAGCCACACAGUACGAGAUGAAUGUGGAAGAAUAUGCAAGUGCGUUAAGAACAAAAUGGUGGACUGUUACAGGCUUAGAAAAGAAUUUUCCAGUAUGACAUACAGUGAAAGAAUGCGAUAUCUAUCAACUUACAAAGCUCUCUCAUUGAGUGAAGACCUGCAAGAAUCUUACCUGGGCAUUGUUUCAUAUCAUUCUGACUAUUUUGAAAAAGGAAUUCAUGAGAGAUUACAGUUUUUUCCCUGGCAUAGAAAAUAUAUACUUGCUUUUGAAAAUCUUUUACGAGUGCUUGACUGUCAUGUGACUUUACCUUUCUGGAACUGGGCGUUAUAUUCCAAAAUGGCGUGGUCAGUUACACCAUCACAUCACAUGUGGAAAAAUAUAGGUGGUUUUGGUGGAAACGGUGAUACGAGAAAAGCUUUGUGUGUUACAAGUGGUAAUUUCAGUUACAACCGAUGGCGGACGCCAGAUUAUGAAGACAAAAAAGAACUCCUAGAUGCAUCUUGCGAUGAGAAACAUUCAGCGAAAUUUUCCAGGGACAGUUGUUUACUCUCAUUUGUGAAGCACAAAGAAUACCAAAAAUGCUUACGCAGGCGUUUUAAUACUCACCCGCCGAGAUAUAACUAUGUCUUCGAUAUAACCAUGCGAACACCUUUAAGAGAGUUCAAAAAGUUUGAAAACAAAGCCAGAGAUAAAUGGCAUAGUGACGUUCACAAUGCUAUAGGUGGUCACAUGGAGUCAAAUUUUGCGUCUAACUCUCCAGAAUUUUGGUUACAUCACACCAUGCUGGACAACAUAUGGGAUAAAUGGCAGAAACGUGGAAAAGCUUUUAAGUUUGUUGGAUACAAAAGAAGGACCAGACCGGUUACCCUUCUUGCUUUUAGACCAAAAGAGAAAAGACGUUAUUACGUAGACAAUAAUAAUUUAGGCGGUUGUGGAUUACGAAUUCGUUAUCAAAAUCCGUUUCCCAUUACACCAUAAUAAAAAGCUGAAAUUCAUUUCCUGAAUAAUGCAUCAUGGAAUUUUCUUACUGUUUAUAUAUGUAUGUAAUCAUCUUCGAUUACGUUAAUAUGCAUUCACUUAACAAACUGUAUAAAGUUUGUACUUUGAGGUUGCCCAGCUAUCUACGAUGUUGAAUAAACAAAUGGAAUAGUACUCCAUAA